AGUCAGUAUCCGGCUUUUCAAACCUCCCAUAGUGUUCUGUCCGAAAAACAAAAAGAAGAAAAACCUUUCUAUAGCAGGCGUUGAAAAAAACCUCCCAACUGUUUCUUCUUCUCUCGCUCCAACUCCAACAGACUCGGAGGAGGAGGGUGUUUUCAGUUAGAAAGUGCCCAGUUUGUACAGAAUAGUCCAUUGCUCUUUUCUGGGUUCUGAUUGAGUCAGUAGAAGUUUGGGAAAGGAUAGCAUUUAAUGGGUUUACAGUAAGUGUGGCUUUGCUAUACUUGUAAUUGAGCUGUGAACUGGUGGAGGAUUUUGCUUGGUCAAAUUGGUUGGUAUUCAAAAGAUUUUUGUAGGUAGCGGAAAUGACUUCUGUUGAAUUUUGAGGAUUUACAAUCCAUAUUCCUAAUUGAGUGACACAUAAAGAUGAUUGGGAGAAAAGGCUUGGGGCGUGCAUCACCAGUACUUUUGGUGCUUUUGGCACUUGGGUUUUUCUUUGCAUCUUAUAAUUUGUUAACUGUGGUAAUACACAACAAGGCUUCAUCCUCGGGGCUUUUGGGGGCAGAUCGGUUGAUAAAGCCCAUGAUUCAGAGGUAUGAGAACGCGAAGAAUUCGAAAUAUCAUGUUGCUCUUACAGCAACUGAUGCUCCCUAUAGCCAAUGGCAGUGUCGGAUUAUGUAUUACUGGUACAAGAAGGUAAAAGAUAUGCCUGGAUCAGAUAUGGGAAAGUUCACACGAGUUUUGCAUUCUGGAAAUGCUGACAAUUUGAUGGAGGAGAUUCCAACAGUUGUGGUUGAUCCUCUUCCAGGGGGCUUGGAUCGGGGCUAUAUUGUCCUAAAUAGACCAUGGGCUUUUGUGCAAUGGCUAGAGAAAGCAACAAUCGAGGAAGAAUACAUUCUAAUGGCCGAACCUGACCACAUAUUUGUAAAUCCCUUGCCAAACUUGGCACAUGGAAACAGUCCAGCAGGGUAUCCAUUUUUCUACAUUAAACCAGCUGAAAAUGAGAAAAUAAUUAGGAAAUUUUAUCCUGAGGAAAAAGGUCCUGUGACUGAUAUUGAUCCAAUUGGCAAUUCUCCUGUAAUCAUAAAGAAGUCCUUGCUGGAGGAAAUUGCUCCCACAUGGGUGAAUGUUUCUUUGAGAAUGAAAGAUGACCCAGAGACUGAUAAGGCCUUUGGAUGGGUGCUUGAGAUGUAUGCAUAUGCUGUAGCAUCUGCAUUGCAUGGAGUGCAGCAUAUUCUUCGUAAAGACUUCAUGCUGCAGCCUCCAUGGGAUUUGGAAGUUGGAAAGACGUUCAUCAUUCAUUAUACUUACGGAUGCGACUAUAAUUUAAAGGGAGAACUGACUUAUGGCAAGAUUGGAGAAUGGCGUUUUGACAAGAGAUCAUAUCUUAGUGGUCCUCCACCAAGAAACCUCUCCUUGCCCCCUCCAGGAGUUCCUGAAAGUGUGAUAAGGCUCGUGAAGAUGGUUAAUGAGGCUACAGCAAACAUUCCUGGGUGGAACACAUUAACUAGUGGCUGAGAUGAAAAGUAAGAUAUAAGCCCAUGAAUUCUUCUCUUGCUUACUGAUAUUUUAAAGCCUGUCAGGGAGUUCUGUCGAUACGGAAUUUAACGUAGCAAAAGAAUGUUAUAGGUAGAAAAGGAAUGUCUUGAUGAGUCAAAAAGGAUAUUUUCUUGUUGGUGCUCUUUUACAUACAGCCAUGAAGGUUACUCAAUUGUUGGUGCUCUUUUACUCAAUUCUUUUGUAUACGUUCACAUGUUGGAAUUACUUACGCUUAAUUGAAA